AUGCCUCCGCCGCGCCGACGUGGAGCGAACAAGGCGAAGGCCAAUGGCCACUUGAGGUUGGGCGAUCUCGUGCUCGCUAAGGUUAAGGGAUUCCCGUAUUGGCCUGCGAUGAUAAGCAGGCCUGAAGAUUGGGAGAAAUCCCCUGAUCCCAAGAAAUAUUUUGUUCAAUUUUUUGGGACCAAAGAAAUAGCUUUUGUUGCCCCUACGGAUAUUCAGGCAUUCACCAAUGAGACUAAAACUAAGUUGUCUGCUCGGUGUCAAGGCAAGACAAAAUACUUUACCAAAGCUGUGAAGGAAAUCUGUGCAGCAUUUGACGAGUUGGAGGAACAGAAAGCUAGCGGUUUGAAAGAGGAGACUGAUGAUUCACAUUUUGGUUCAGAAACCCCUUCUGUUGCUGGUGUAGUGACUCACCUAAAGGAUGCCACUGAUGCUGUGGUUCUAAACGUAGAAAAAACUAACACAUAUGGGGGAGUUGUUGGCUCAAAUUCGGAGCAGUGUACACAGAGAUGUGAUGAAAGUGGUAGUCAAGGGGCAAAACCUUCUGUAUCUGGCCGUCCAAUUGACAGUACUUCUCCAGUGUUGUCUCAUGUAAUUGAAAGUAAACCAUCAAUUGGUGCAGAGCUAAAUAAGCAUAGUAGCAAAUCUAAUGUUGAUGAACAAUCAUCUCUUAAAGUGGAAGGGUCAGAUGUUGAGGAUGUGUGCAAUGUUAAUGACUUAAAGCAAGCUGAUAAUGUACAGAGUAUUUCUACAAAUGGGAGCAAUUCAAGAAAGCCUGUCACUGGCUCAAGGAGAAGCAAAACUGCAGAUGAUAGAAAAAGAAGUGGUGAAAUUAGUAGAGCAUUUUUGAAGGAUGAAAGUUGUGCAGGUUAUGCUGAUCUUUCCAGGUCUGGAGAGAAAUUGAAAGAUCGAAAAAAAGGAAAAGAUUCAUUUUCUGUUAAAUCAGAUUCUGUAGAUGCUCUUAAAUUAGACUCUGAUAUUAACAGUGGAAGUAAAAAUAAGAACUUGCUGAAAGUUAAAACAAGUCUUAAGGCUAAAAAUGAGUUACAGGAGGGCUCGGUUUGUUUCGAGGCUGAGAGAAAAAAAUCUUUUAAGCAAAACAAAACCCAAGUUCAUGGAAAACGUAAUUUGGGACCAAAUGCAACUUCACAUGCUACCAAGAAGUUGAAGUGUAUGGAUGACAAAGACCAUAAAACUCCAAAAUCUGUGUCUGAUGAUGGGAAUAAUGGUUCCCCUAGCUUUCCUGGUGUUGAUGACAAGGAGUUCAAACAAAUAGAGUUGAAAAGGUCUACAUCACGAUUGAAAACAGAAAAAGGUUUGCAAUCAAGGGGUCAGAACAGCAUUGUAGGUUCUGAUGAUUCUGUUGGUGAAUUGCUGCCCGAAACAAAACAUCACACCCAAGUCCAGCAGGCUAUGCCUGAUUCUGCUACUGUUGUUUCUGGUGAACAAACAGAGAGGAAUUCUCUUCGAUUGAAAGGUGACACAAAUAAUCUUACAACCAAACAAGUAAAGAGGAGACGGAGAGCUGUGUGCAUUUUUGAUGAUGAUGAUGAUGAUGAUGACCCCAAGACUCCUGUUCAUGGAGGAGGUGCUAAAGAUAUUAAAUCACCUUUGGUUUCGGAGGUUGUGAAGAACAAUGAUACAUUGCUAGAGAACACUGAUGUUGCUCAGCUGGCUAUCAGAAAACCUAGUGCACUUGAGGAUAGCCAUUUUAAAGAACCCACUUCUGAAUUACAUGACAAUUUGUCAGCUGGGCAUCCUCAAAAGGAGAUUGAUGAAGUUAUUCCUGUCCAUUUACCACAUAGUCCUGGGAAAUUCGAUUCAAAGCAAUUGCCUCCCAAGGUGGUGGAUAAAUUGAGCUCCAUCUCUCCUGUAAAUUCACGUCAUUCUUUUACUACAACAAAGUCAAAUGCUGAGCCACAUAAAUCUUCCAAACGUAUGCUUCAAGUUUCCAGUACUACUCAAAAGAAGGCUGAUAAUGGUUCUUCAAAGAAUUUAAAUAGCAUCAGCUCUUCACCGAGUCAGGUCACUACUCAUAAAAAAAAGCCUUCAGUGGAUACUUCUAAAACUACACCGAAGACAUUACCACAGGCUGUUGAAGUUCCUGUUCAAACAGAAAAUUUAAAGGAAUUUGAUGCUUUUCAUGUUGAUGGAAUUGAGGUGGGCAUGGAAGAAAAAAGUAGUCUAUAUACUGUUUCUAGGACUCCAGAAACUCCUAAGACUAUGAAGCAUCUUAUUGCAGCUGCACAGGCAAAACGGAAACAAGUAGCUCAAGCUCAAUGUCAUCAUCCUCAUGGCAUCUACUAUACUCAAGGGGGAACACCUAGCCCCUCUACAAUUCAGCCAUUUCUGUCUGUCUCAAGCAAUAUUGACCAGGCUGAUUGGCAGGGAGUUAAUGAACACCCGACAUUGGUUUCUCCAUCAACUAAUGGGUAUCAAUCCAUUUCUCAAAAUCAACCCGAUGCUGAUGAAAAUGAGGAGAAAAGAGUUAGUUCCGCGCAAAGGGAUGUAAGUGGCUCUCUGAGUGGGGGUACUGAUGCCGUCGUUGCACGUGAUGCCUUUGAAGGAAUGAUAGAGACUUUGUCUAGGACCAAGGAAAGUAUUGGGCGUGCAACUCGUUUAGCCAUUGAUUGUGCCAAGUAUGGCAUUGCCAAUGAGGAUACAAUAGAUAUAAGAUACAUAUCUAGGCAUGAUAAUGCAUUGAUAUGUAUUGUGAACUAUCCAAAAGUAUUGGUUGUUGAACUUCUUAUCCGAAAGCUGGAAAACGAAACUAGUUUUCAUCGUAAAGUGGAUUUGUUCUUUCUUGUUGAUUCCAUCACUCAGUGCUCACAUAAUCAAAAAGGUGGGAGCAUUGCAGGAGCCUCAUACAUCCCAACAGUUCAAGGAGGUUUGCCACGUCUUCUUGGUGCUGCUGCUCCUCCUGGUGCAAGUGCUCGCGAGAAUCGUCGUCAAUGUCUCAAGGUAAAUCUUAUGAAGCUUGGACAGUUCUCACAUUAUAAGGUUUUAAGGCUCUGGCUUGAGAGGAAAAUUUUUCCUGAAUCAGUUCUUCGCCGUUACAUGGAUGACAUUGGAGUUUCAAAUGAUGAUAUGACAGUUAGUUUUUCUUUUAGGCGUCCUUCUCGAGCUGAACGGUCUCUAGAUGACCCAAUUAGAGAAAUGGAGGGCAUGCUUGUUGAUGAGUAUGGAAGGUUGGAAGCUCAACAAGAAGCUAUUGUAAAUGCUGGAUCCUUAAAAAAAGAAAACAGUACGGCACAAAAUGGAAUAUACCCAUUUGGAAUUGUACCACAAGAAGCUUUACAGUAUAGCUUGUAA